CCACGCUGCUCUUCGCCAUCGGGGAGAACCAAAUCCUCAUCCGCUCUUCUUCCAACAAAAAAGCAGCCUUCUCUGUUUUCAUCUUCUCAAUGGCCCGUUCUUCUGGCACGAAAUCGGCCGAGAAAGCUAGUUUAUCAGGUAAGCGAAAGCGAGAGCCAAAAUAUGAGUGUGAGACCAACUGGACUUUGAGGAAACAUAAGGAGAGAUCUGAGGAGAAGGAGACAACACACGGAUUUGCUGAUAAUCUCCAGGAGGUCAAAGGAAGGGUCGAAAGCUUGGAGUUAAAAUCUGAGGCUAGUUUAAUUCCAGUCAAGGAGACAGUGGAAGAACUUGAUGAAACUCCCCACUUUGUUGAGGGGGUUGCUGCAAGAAAAAAGUCGCUCAUUAUUGACAAUCUCUCUUUCGCAACUAAAAUAUCAGAGAUCAUCAAUUUCUUUGAAGAUGUUGCAAAAGUUGUUAAUGUUCGAAUAAUUGUAUACCCCAAUGGUUGGAAUUAUGGCUGUGGCUCUGUUGAGUUUGCUUCUGCUAACGAAGCAAAGAAGGCACAAUAUAAGAAGCAUGGUGAAUAUUUGCGUGGUCAGAAGAUUUUUCUUGGCUUUGCCCAGAUGACUCCAUACCCUCAACGUCCCAAGUUUUGUAUAGAACACAAGGUUUGGUAUGAAGACUACAUCCGACGAGAAAGCAUUCCAAUUGAAGGAGUGGAGAUACCUCCCCGUUUUUUUGAGGCAAUUGCAGCAAGAGAACAGACAAUAUUUGUUGCCAACAUCUCUCCCCAAACUAAAAUGUUGCAUAUCAUCGAGUUCUUUAAAAACGUUGCAGAGGAUUUUAGUAUCCGGCUUAUUGUAAACAACGAGGGUAAGCACGUGGGUUAUGGCUUUGUUGAGUUUGCUCAUGCUUUUGAUGCAAAGAAGGCGUUGGAAAAGAAGAAUGGUCAAUACUUGCACGAUCAUAAGAUUUUUCUUGAUGAUGCUAAGAAAGCUUCAUUUUCUCCACGACCCAAGUACAGCCUUGCAGAAAAGCUUUGGUACGAAGACUACCUUUUUCAAGAAAGCUUUCUGAAAAAAGAUCAGAGACUGGAAGCACGUGAUGAAACCUGCAAUUUUGUUGAGGCAGUUGGCAUAAGAAAAAAGACACUCGUUAUUGGCAAUCUGGCUUGCCAAACUAAAAUAUCCGACAUCAUCAAUUUCUUCAAAGAUGUUGCAGAAGUUGUUCAUGUUCGACUUAUUGUAAACAAAACGGGUCAGCAUGUGGGCAAUGGUUUUGUUGAGUUUGCUUCUGCUCACGAAGCCAAGAAGGCGCAGGAGAAGAAGAAUGGUGAAUAUUUGUCCAGUAAUCAGAUUACUCUUGGCGUGGCUGAGCUUGCUCCAUGCCCUCCACUGCCCAUGUAUUGCAUAGAUCACAAAGUUUGGUAUGAAGACUACCUUCGAGGUGAAAACCUUCUGAUUGAAGAGGAUGAGGGAGUGGAAAGACUUGAUGAAUUGGUUGAGGAAGUUUCUGUGAGAAAAAAGACACUCUUUAUUCAAAAUCUUCCUCCCAUAUGCAAAAUACCAAAGAUCAUCAGUUUCAUCCAAGACGUUGGAGAAGUUAGUGUUCGAAUUAUUGUAAAUGACAGGGGUAGGCAUGUGGGCUGUGGUUUUGUUAAGUUUGCUUCUGAUAUUGAAGCAAAGAAGGCAUUGGAAAAGAGGCUUCAAACAGGUGGAACGGCCUGUAAUUAUAGUUUCUUUGGCUCGGCUGAAAUAGCUCCAUACCCUCUCCGACCCAAGUACAAGCUUGCAGAGGAGCAUUGGUACGAAGAAUGCGCACGGCAAGAAGAAAAACUUAAGAUAAAAGACAUUAGUAUGAGGUCACUGUUUUGCUGGAAAAAGAUUACCUUCUCUGACGACAACAAUUGCUAGAAGAAUCUCUGUGGUGUUUUUAACUUUUCUAGUCAAUGGUGAGAUGCGUUAAAAUAUGUUUAAUUAUGGAUGUUUUGUGUUAAUUUAUUGCUCCAUCCGUAUUAACUAUCCACCCUAACCUUUUAGAUAUGCUAAAAACUGUGAUUUAUAAAUAUCCUUGCAAUUU